AUGGCUCCUCUUCAAGUUAUUGGUGCUGGUUGUGGCCGUACAGGCACUGAUUCACUUCGUGAAGCUCUCAACAUUUUGGGCUACAACUGCCAUCAUAUGAAAGAAUUGCUCGCGCAAGAUCGUCACCCAGAAGUCUUCCUUGAGGCGUAUAAGAACCCUGACAAGCCUGCUGAUUGGGAUAAAGCUUAUGAAGGAUAUGAUGCGGCUGUUGAUUGGCCCACUGCUUGUUUCAUCGAGCCGCUCAUGAAAAAGUAUCCAGAUGCCAAAUGGAUAUUAACGCUGCGAGAUGCUGAUAGCUGGUACAAGUCUGCAAAGAAUACGAUUCACCAAGCUGCUGCAUCACAAAGCCCAGAAGAGUUUGCAUCCUUGCCUGACCACAAGAAGAGAACUUUGAAUAUGGCCAGGACAGUGGUGAUGGAUGGUGCUCUUGCCGACGCUGAGCGUUUUGCCGAUGAGGAAGCGAUAAAGGCGUUUUUCAACAAUCAUAACGAAUGGGUGAAAAAGACGAUCCCUGCCGACAGGCUACUUGUCAUGCAAUUGGGCGAAGGCUGGGAUAGGUUGUGCGAAUUCCUUGGUAAACCCGUUCCUGUAGAUGUGCCUUAUCCACGAGCCAACUCCACUGAAACCUUCCGUAGUCGAUGGACAAAGAAUGCCGCUGCCCUUGCUAAGCCUUUGGAAGAACAAUCAGUCUCAGCAGCACAGUAA